UUUUAGUCUACUGUCAAGUUGCAGAAACAGGAUUUUGGUACUUUUGGUAUGCUAUCUUCUAGUCCAUGAAUUGGGUCAUCUUUGAUCGAACUAACCGGAAACAAUGGCUUCCCAGCCUCCUGUUCAAUAUAAUGUGAUGUCGCCAGCAAGGCCUAAUGUGACAGGAACUUCCCAACCACCCAUACUUCAACGUCCAAUAGCAAGUAAUGGGAUUGGACAACCAUCAACUGGUUCUCGAUUUCCCGUGCCUGCAACAUCAAAUUCUGUUCCUGUGUUAGCCAACACAAAUUCACAGUGGGCUAGACCCCCUGUUUCAAGCCAGUUUGCACCAAGUCUGAUGAGUCAACCCAGUUUUACAGCAGGAGGUCAACAACAGUAUAACCCAGCAAUUCCUGGACAAAACUCACCAAGGCCUGUGUUGGAAACUCUGAGCUCAAGACCUCCCAGCAGUUCUUCAGCUUUAGGUCCCCCUUUGAACAGUUAUCAAAGUGGUCAGUCCAACAUUAAUGGAAACUUGGGCCCUCCAUUGGCGAAUGGUGUGAGAACCCCAACAGCUUAUUCCGAUGUUAACUACUCUGCCCCUGCGUCCAGCAGCAUGGGAUACUGCUCACCUGUAGGACCUCAAUAUGCUUCACAAAAUUUCAUGCCGCCCCAGUUACACCCUGGAACAGGCCCUCCGAUGGGGAGACCAGCUGGGCCCCCCGUACCUCAGCAACAGUAUAAUACUGGAUAUCCAAGUUACUCAUCAGCAUCUGGUCAAUUACCACCAAUUUCUGGUAUUCACACUCAGCAGCUAAGUUAUCCUGCUGCACCUGUGUUACCUAAUGCUCCAGUCAACCAGUUUCCAAAUUUUAAUUCAACUAUGGACAAGAUGACGUCGCAAAUGAACAGCAUGUCUGUAACUCAAACAGGAUUUGACAAAAUUUGGGGCCACGAAAACGUGGAUUUACUCCAAGUGCGAAAUAUUUUGCCAGCUCAAGGUGUGGAAACUCCUCGUAUCCGCCUUAGACAAGAACAUUUAAAUAAUGUACAUUGCAGCCACGACAUCUUUCGCUGUACUUUGACGAAAAUUCCUGAAACGAAUUCCAUUUUGCAAAAAUCUCGUCUCCCACUGGGAGUGUUGAUACAUCCCUUCAAAGAUUUGACGCAAUUGCCUGUAAUACAGUGUCAAACUAUCGUUCGCUGCCGAUCUUGUCGGACGUACAUCAAUCCUUUCGUUUAUUUUGUGGAUCAGCGGCGAUGGAAAUGCAAUUUGUGCUUCCGAGUGAACGACUUGCCUGAUGAGUUCCAAUACGAUCCGAUGAGCAACAGUUACGGCGAUCCUACACGCCGCCCUGAAAUAAAAAAUGCUACUAUUGAAUUUAUAGCUCCAGCUGAAUACAUGCUUCGACCUCCCCAGCCUCCUGUUUAUCUUUAUCUUUUGGAUGUCAGUCACGUAGCAGUUGAAACGGGCUAUUUGAAGCUUUUUUGUGAUGUUCUUUUGGAAGAGCUGGAAAAAAUUCCAGGGGAUAGCAGAACGCAGAUUGGUUUCAUAACGUUUGCCAGCAGCGUUCAGUUCUAUAAUCUCGCGGAGAACUUAAAUCAACCACACCAAUUGGUUGUGUCGGAUAUCGAGGAUAUCUUUCUACCAUGUCCUAACGAUUUGUUGGUAAAUUUAAAUGAAAGUAAGAGGCUGGUCAUUGAACUCUUAGAACAACUCCCUGUUAAAUUCAACAACACAGCGGAGUGCAGUAGUGCCUUGGGGGCUGCUUUACAGGCUGCAUAUAAGAUGGUAAGUCCCACUGGCGGUCGUAUUACGGUAUUCCAAGCAUCGUUACCUAAUAUUGGUCCGGGAGCCCUAAAGCCGAGGGAAGACCCGAAUCAGCGAGCAGCCAAAGAUGUGCCUAACUUGAAUGCGGCCACGGAUUUCUAUAAAAAAUUUGCUCUCGAUUGUUCUGGUCAGCAAGUGGCAGUAGACCUGUUUUUGCUGGGUGGUCAAUAUAUGGAUAUUGCUUCACUCUCGUGUGCGUCAAAAUUCUCUGGUGGAUGUAUGUAUCAUUUCCCGAGCUUCCACUACGUCCACAACUUGCCACAGGUUGAACGGUUGGAACAUUCUUUGCGUCGGUAUCUAACGCGCAAGAUUGGCUUUGAAUCCGUGAUGCGUAUUCGCUGUACUCAUGGCCUAUCAAUCCAUACUUUCCACGGAAAUUUUUUUGUGCGUUCGACUGAUUUAUUAUCUCUGCCAAAUAUUAACCCGGACGCAGGAUUUGGUCUACAAGUUUCAAUUGACGAAAAUUUAAGCGAAGUCCAAAACAUAUGCUUUCAGGCAGCACUUCUUUACACUUCAAGCAAAGGUGAGAGACGUAUACGAGUACACACGAUGUGUUUGCCGAUCGCCAGCACGGUUGCAGACGUCAUUCAGUCGGCAGAUCAGCAGUGCAUUGUCGGGUUAUUAGCUAAAAUGGCCGUCGACCGUUCGCUGCAUUCGAGUAUCAGUGACGCGCGAGAUGCCAUUGUCAAUGUUUGUGUAGACGUUUUAUCAGCCUAUAAAGCAACCAUGAGCUCUGCAACAUCAGGACUGUACGCACCUUCCAACCUAAGGUUGUUGCCUCUAUAUUUGGCGGCUCUAUUGAAAUCGGUUGCCUUCAGAACUGGGCAAAGCACACGACUGGAUGACCGAGUCUUUGCCAUGAACCAGCUGAAAGUAUUGCCUUUAUCUCAACUAAUUCUGUCCGUUUACCCGGAUCUGUAUGCAAUUCACAAUUUGCACGAUCAAGGAGCCAUAAGUCAAGGAGAGAUGGUGAUACCUCAACCUGGGCGUUUACAUCUUUCUGCGGAAAUGGUCGAUUCGUCUGGGGCAUAUCUACUUGACACUGGGGAUGUCAUUUACCUAUAUGUCGGCCGCAAUGUUCAUCCAGCUUUCGUAGAAAAUGUACUUGGUUCAUCGAAUUUCCAAUCUUUGCCAGAGCAAAUGUUCGAGUUGCCUGAACUAGAAACGGCUGAAUCAGAAAGGCUAAGGAACUUUUUGAUUCAUUUGCAAAAUCAGAGACCGUAUCCAGCUGUGCUACAGCUCAUCAGGGAAGACAGUCAAAUUCGUCACCUCUUCUCGAGUCAUCUUGUCGACGGUCGGACGGAGUCCUCGCUUUCGUACUACGAAUUCUUGCAGCAUCUAAAGAAUCAGAUAAAAUAACCUCACAAUAAAAUAAUUCUUCAAUAUCGCACUUUUCUAAUUUCGGUUUUAGCCAACGAGGUAUGUGAUUGGUGUUUGUUAAUUUGGCAUUUCCGAACCAAUCCAUACAUGGGGACAAGUAAUAACUGUGUUUGCAUACCUUGGGCCGUCUUUUUGUACAACUGUAGCAUUAGAUCAAGCCAAUUGUAAGAGGGAAUUUUGCGCCACGCAAAAGUGCUGCUGAUUGUUUGCGUUUGUUUUGGAAUAAGUUUCGUUGGGAUUCUUUCCAAAAUAUUUUAUAAUACCAAAACUGGAUUGUUGACUCUUUUGAGCAAAAUUCACUCUUCAUUCCCAUUUCCCUGUUGCAUCCAAAACCUGUAUGAGUGGUUUGUCUAUUAGGAUGUCAUCUUAUAGCAAAAAUAAUCGAAUUCUAUACACAAUUGUAAAGAAAACCCUACCAAUUUGCUCUGUCAAAUAAACAUUGUAUUAUCAGUUA